UCUGUGUCUUUAUAAAAUUUCUCCAACUAGAUGCAUGUUCAGAUAUGGCUUUAAAACUACCUAUAUGUAUUGUCGGAGCUGGGGCCGCGGGACUUUCUGCAGUGUAUCAAUUAAUGAAGCUUCCGGACAUACCUGAUAUAAUAUGCUACGAGAAACAGGACACAUGGGGAGGAAUCUGGAAUUUGUCCUGGCGAGUUGGCGUUGAUGAGUAUGGCGAGCCGGCUCACAACACCACCUAUAAACACCUGUGGACUAAUGGGCCGAAAGAAGUUUUCGAAUACCCAGACUAUUCGUUCGAGGAUCAUUUUGGCAAGAUCACAGCCUCAUAUGCUCCCCGAGCAGCCAUUCGAGAUUACAUUGAAGGGCGUUUCGGAAGGAUCCCUGACCUAAAAGAGAAGAUCCGGUUCCAUACGGUUGUACGGCUGGUCGAAUACGAUGAAGACAAUGACGUUUUCCACGUUACCACAGCUGACCUGAAGACCGGCGCCAUGGAACAUAUGGACUUCAGUCACGUUAUUGUUGCAAGCGGUGUCUUUUGUUAUCCUAACACACCGGAAAUUUCUGGCAUCGAAACCUUUGAAGGAAGGAUAAUGCACUCGCAUGACUUUAAAAACCCCGAAGAGCUGAGGGGUCAGACAGUCUUAAUUAUUGGAGCAGGAUGGUCCGCAGAGGAUAUUGCGGUUUUGGGUGUGAAGUUUGGGGCAAAGAUGAUCUACUUAUCUUAUCGUAGCGUGCCCAUUGGUAAGAAAUGGCCAAUUGGCAAGGGGUGGCCUUCGAGUGUACACGAACACCCGAUGGUAGAGAAGUUUGAAGGUAACACCGCAUUCUUUAAGGACGGGGCAUCGGCACAAGUAGAUACCGUCCUAUUUGCAACUGGCUACCAAUCUUUGUUUCCAUUCCUUGAUGAGAAACUGGCAAUUUCAAAGGAAACGUCAUUCUACCCAGAGAAGAUAUACAAGGCGGCCUUGCGCAUCGGUGUGGCCAAUCACAAAUUGUUCUUCCUCGGAACGCAUGCCGGAUUGUUUUCUUUUAGCCUCUUCGAUAAUGUCGCAGCAUGGAUAGCUAAAUACAUCAUGAAUUUGAUUCCGGAUGAGCCAAAGUCAAUCGCAGAUAUGGAAUCUCAUUCGAAGAAGUUAGUAAAAAGGGGAAAUGAGCUGAAGGAGUUCGUCUCAAUUGCGACCUUUCAGAAGGACAUAAUGCUGGAGCUUGCGGCAGACGCUGGAUACCAAACGACCGCUUCGGAAUUGAUGCAGACGUUUGAAGUCUGGAAGAAGUACCGGACAGAUGCAAACUGCGUCACAAACGGGAGACAUGGUCAGUUUCGGUCAUCAGUGACGGGCAACCUGGGUCAUGAUAUACCGCCCUAUAUCUCAAUUUUCGACGACAGUCUUGAGACAUGGCUGCAAUACUGAAGUGAAUUGGCAUAUGAUGUUCCAUACAUACAAACAGUUUUGUACACAAGUUGCUGUUACAAGUUGCCAUCGUGACUAUAAAAAGUAUCAAGUAAUUUAAACGAAAUCGAAUUAUGUAUUCUCUGCUUACAGUCAUAAGCUUCGUCUAUAGUAUUUCAUCUCAUAAUUAAGGGCCUUCAGCAGUGCAAAAGUGGGGAAGGCCAAAAUUAAAACGUUUCUAAAGUUUAUGUUUUAUUUAGCUUUGGAUAACGAUCUUUUCGGAAGUAAAAAAAACACAUUUUUGUGACAUGUUUUGGGGUAGUAAGGAGGUCACCAAAUUUAACGAAAUUUUAUCAAAGGACAUUAUUUUUCUUCGAUAAAGUCUGUCGACGUUAUAACCUUGUUUGUUGUGUCAAAAUGCCCAAGACUAUCUAAUCAAAAUGUCUCGUGAGUUCUUCAUUUUUACUCAUUUGUUUUACACAGAGUACAAAUCAUUUUACAUGCUGGAACACAGUAAUGGAAAAUAACGAGUUUAUGUUUCUAUAGCUUUAUGCACUCUCGCAUAAACCUUCUACCGCCCACACACACGCACGCAUGCACACAGACCCACACGAUCCACUCACGUGUACACAUUCUUCCAAUCUCUCAGGCUUUUUUCCCUUUAUGGAUUUUCGAAGCCAAGUAUUGUAGUAAGUUAUAUUUAAAGGUGAAAAGGUAAUAAUGAUUAUUAUUAUAAAAUACUGAACCAAAUACUAGUUACGAUGGGCCAUUCGUGGCUGUAUAAAACGUUAUGGUGGAGUGCCGUAUUUACUGUGAAUUUUAUCUAAAACUUCUCGUGUGAUUCAUAUUUAUCAUUUUACUGUGCGAUAUGCAAUUCAAUUCUUUUUCUCAAAAUCAAAUACUGUUUGUUUGAGUUGAAAGUCGGUAUAUUGUUUUUAGAUUUAAUAGAGAAGAUAUAAAAUUUCAUUUACAAAAUUAAGGAAAUACAUAUUACUGUGUAUAUUACAUUUCCUUGAAUGCCUCUUGUUUUGUUAUCCUGAUAUGUAUUGAUUGAGAAGCAAUAUACAUAUUGAGUUCGUCCCAUAAAGGAUGUAUCCUCUGGCAGUCACAUUAUACGUGCUCUAUUGUUUCUGUGUCUAUGUUACAGAAGUCACAUAGAGGUGUUGUUUUUAUUUAGCAUGUAUACAGAUAUUUAUGGGAUUUUAUAUUACAUGUACAUGUAUACAUAUAUUUAUAAGUUAAACAAUUCAAAAUUAAAUUAUUUAAUAAUCUAGUGGCGAUUAACUUAAAUUUGUUUACAUGGAAAUUGAGAAGAAGAUUAUCAACAUUUUUUUAUCCAUUGUUCUUCAUUAUCCAAUGUUUUGUCGACGAAAAUAUGUGGUUUAAAGAAAAUGUUUAAUGACAUCAAAUAUAUUGUAAUAGGAUAUAAGAUACACCAAAAAGAAUACAACUGUGUAAAUAUUGUUUUAAGUCAAUCAUGUUACUGUAUUUAUAAAACAUAUUUCAUAUGCGACCGGAGAAUGAAGCCCAUAAAUAUAUUGUCUUAUUUAUAUUACGAUCUGAUUGCUUUAGAAACAUACCUACGAAUAAAAAAUGUCAAUUACCGAUU